AUGGUUCAAACUAGGAGCAAGACUGCUGCUGCUUUAGCUCUCGCAAACAACAAUGCCAACAAUGCCCCCAACGCUGCCGCCAACACUCUUCCGGUCAAUGGCAUUGCGGCAGCUCCAAUCAAUGCAGCUCCAAUCAAUGCAGCCACGGUCAAUGCAGCCCCGGCCAACGCAGCCCCGGUCAACGUAGCUCCUGUCAACGUAGCUCCAGUCAAUGCCGCUCCGGUCAAUCCAGCUCCGUUGAAUGUGGCUCCGGUCAAUGCAGCUCCGGUCAAUGCAGCUCCGGUCAAUGCAGCUCCGGUCAAUGCAGCUCCGGUUAAUGCGGCUCCAGCUAAUGCGGCUCCGCCUAUUGCAGCUCCGGCCAAUACUGCCGCAACCAAUACUGCCGCAACCAAUACUGCCGCAACCAACGCUGCCGCAACCAACGCUGCCGCGGCCAACGCUGCCGCGGCCAAUGCUACGAUCGUGCUCAACGCUGCUUCAGCCCCAGCGCCGUUGCCCGCUACUGCAGUCCAGAAACGACCUUCCGAUUCCGCGGGCUCGGACAUAAGUCCAAAGCGUACUCGUCACGAUCCACCAGAGGGCUCCGAUGAGGAGGUCGAUCAACUUGACAACGAGCAGAUUGCACCGGCCCGUCGAAAACGACCAGCAGAUGACGGUGACGAUGAUGAUGUCAACGCUUCUGCUCCCCGCCGAGCAACGCAACAGGAUCGCAUACCUAUUCCUCCCAUCAAGCUUGCUCCCAGGCAAUCAAAGCGCCCGAAACUUGCUACUGCGGCGGAUGAAUCCUACGUUUCAAAUAGCAUCGCUCAAUUUACUAAGCUCAAACCCGCGAAGAGCAGCUUGCGAAAACGCCACACCUCGACUAUCCUCAAAAUUCUUCCGAAAAUGUCUCUUCCAUCUGAAGACCAGAUCCAGAUGUCCAUUGGCGGGCCAGGAGGAGACGAACGGGAUGAGAUCGCUGCAUACUCUCUGAACGCAAGCGAGGCGAAAGCGCUCCUUAGCAGCAACCGACCGAUCACAGUACCGGUCUUUGUGUCCGGCGGAGCUCGGACUGUCUUCAAUGGUCUUCCUGACAGCCGCCGUCCCAUCGAGCAGGCUCUUUCGGACUGGUUCAUCAAUCCUCGCGAGCGCUUUGCCUACCCGAACACAAAAAAGAAGAUCUCGAACUAUAUAGAAGGACAAGUGACAGCAGAGGAACUCCGUCAGCACUGCUUUGAUCCGGAAAACAACACGCUGUUGUACCCUUGGAACCUCCCCGAUAUCAUUAAUCCACUGGGCUCGCGAGCAGUACCAGAGUUCUUGCUGUCAGAUCAAUGCCGGUUCCUUGACGACUUGAUGCGCAUGAUUAUAGUUCCUUACGAGGAAGAUGUCUGCCUUCCGGGUUGCCCUUCUAGCGGUCAGCUGUGCAAAGAACACACCAUCACCCUGUCCGAGCUGACCCUCCUCAACUUAAUGUACGAGCACUGGAAAGGCACGCUCAUGAUCGCCGAUCCAGGAGCCAUAACUCUCUCGCACUUCGACAAGUGGUCUCUCGGGACGUGGAUCUCCUGCUACGAAGGCGAGAUAGGACUCUGCUGGCUCGAUCGCCCUUCAGACAACGAGCGAAUGGCAUGCGUCAAUGAUGAGACGAAAAUACCCACCAGCCCCCUACUCAAAGUGUUGAGAGCUGGAGAUGCGGUGUACAUGCCCCCGGGCACAGUCCAUAUCGUAUGGAGACUGUCGGAAGGAGGACAGACGUUGGGUAUGGCGGGUCAUGUCUUGAGGAGAGAUCAUGUGGAUAGCUGGCUGGAGAUGCUGCAGAGGGAGAUGGCGAACAAGAUGCAGCGGAAUGAUGCAGAGGCGUAUGGUACUGUUGUGCCGCCGUUGGUACGUGCGGUGAAGAGCCUGAUUGAAAGUCUCAGAGACAAGGCAGAUAUCGAGCGACUGGGAGGAGCAAGGAAGCUUGCAAGUGCGAUGGAGACUAUCAAAGCGCUUGAGGCGCAGAUCGUAGCUCUUGCAGCUUCGCAGCCUGGCGCCAAGGCUCAGGACGGGACAAACGACGCCGGGAAUUCUGAGUCGGACGCUGAUGCCGCUGGUGAACAGGAUACAGACAAUCUCGGAUUGACAGAUACUGUAUCUGGAGCAGAAGGGACCCAAUCGCAGGCAGGGAGCCAGCCGGUGACGGGAGAGGCAACUUUAUGA